UCCACACUCAGGAAGUGGUCUCUGGGAAACCUGACAGCGGAGAGUCAACUCCCAGUUGACAAAGUCUGCUCGGUUAAUUGUUAGCUAAUAUUAUCCGACAAAUAGCUAUUGUUAUUCGGAGAAGGAAACAAUGGAGGUCGACUCAGUGUUCUACACUGAUCGUAGUGGAAGAGUCAACCGUAACCCGCUGUUGGACCAGCUCCCCAGCUACCAGUCUCUGCUCUACCGCAGGAAGUCCUCCACGGCUGGCACCAAGCGAAGGAGCAGCUCCAGAGGACGCCUCGGCUCCUCCGGCAGUGGGAAAUCAGGCAGGGGCACCGUCAGCAGGCGUGAGGAGAAACAGAAAAGUCAGACGGAGGAGAGACCCAUCAGGGAACUCCCCAAGACCAUGGCCGAGAAACGCAUUGACAACACACAGCGCUUGGAGGAUGAUCGAGAGCUCAGCAGCUUCAAACAGUUGCAGCACAGCACCCGCCGCCAUCUGAGGAGGCUGAGGGAGGAUGCCCACCAGUGGCUGAGCUCCCUGAAGCUCUGGAGGGGGGACAUCCACCUUAUAGAGGGGAUGUUCGGCACAGGCAUCCUGUCUUACUUCUCCUUCCUGCGCUUCCUGGUCAUGCUCAACUUGAUCAUCUUUGUGCUCAUGUUCAGCUUCGUCAUGUUGCCCAUCAUCAUAGCUCCUAGUGUAUCGGGGAAUAUCACCUACGACCUGAAUUCAGAAAGUAAGUGCAGUAACUACCCAAGCAGCGCCCGGCGAGGGCUGGUCAUCUUUCAUGAGCACAUUACAGAUCUGCUGUCUGGAGGAGGCUUUCUGGAACAGACUUAUCUUUUCUACGGCUACUACAAAGCGGACAAAAUACACUUUUCUAAUGGCACUUACAAUCUGCCGCUGGCCUACCUGUUGGUCACCAUAGCCUACCUGUUCUUCAGUCUCAUCUGGAUCGUUAAAAGGUCGGCCUCUGGAUUCAAACGUAACCUGGUUCAGGAUGAGGAUCGCUUCCAGAGUUUUUGCAACAAGAUUUUUGCCGGCUGGGACUUCUGCAUCAUCAACGAGAACGCCGUGAAGCUGAAGAGAAGCAGUCUGCUCUACGAGCUCAGGACAGAUCUUGAGGAGGAGAGGAUCAAACAGAAAAUAGCAGAUCGAACCCGCAAAGAGAGGUGCCGGAUUUACCUUGUCCGCUUCAUUCUCAACCUUUUUGUCAUCAGUGUGCUGGCUGGCUGCUUCUACAGCAUUUAUAUAGCCACCAUCUUCUCCCAGAAAGUCCAGAUGGAUCAGAUUAAGGAAAAUUUCAUCGUGGAUCUCAUCUAUGAGUAUCUGCCCUCAAUUGUCAUCACCUUGGCUAACUUCAUCACCCCCCUCCUCUUCUCGGCUAUAAUCAAUUAUGAGGACUACUCGCCUGCCUUCGAGAUCCGCUUCACUCUCAUGAGGUGUGUCUUCAUGCGGUUGACCAGUAUCGGGGUUCUGCUCUUCUCUCUCUGGUCUCAGAUCACUAAAUGUGAAAAGGAGCCAUGCCUGUGUGGCUAUAACCACGUGCUUUACUCUUGCUGGGAGACCCGUGUUGGCCAGGAGAUGUACAAACUCACCAUCUUUGACUUUAUUAUUAUUUUCGCAGUCACCAUCUUUGUGGAGUUUCCCAGAAAGCUGAUAGUGAAGUACUGUGACUGCGGCCUAGCGAAGUGGUUUGGCGAGCAGGAGUUUGCCAUCCCUCAGAAUGUGCUGGAGAUCGUCUACGGUCAGACCAUCUGCUGGAUCGGCACGUUCUACAGCCCGCUGCUCCCUGCCAUCUGCACUAUUAAAUACUUCUUCAUCUUCUACAUUAAAAAGGUCUCAUUGAUGAACAACUGCCGUCCUGCCACGCGUCCGUUCCGAGCCUCCAGCUCCAACUUCUUCUUCCUGGUGGUGCUGCUCAUCGGCCUGGCUCUGGCCUGUCUGCCUGUCUCUUUUAGCGUGGCACAAAUAAACUCUUCCCAGGCCUGUGGACCAUUCGUUAACUACAGCACCUCCUGGCAGGUGCUGCCCAACACAGUAUCCGAGCUCCCCCAUGGAAUCAGAACCCUGCUCUACGCUCUCUCAUCGGAGGCCUUCGCUGUCUCCUUCUUUGUUGUCACAUGUUUGGCCAUGUUUUAUGUGAUUGCACUAGCUGGAGCUCACAAGAGAGUUAUUAACCAACUGAGGGAGCAGCUAGCAAUGGAGGGCCGUGACAAACGUUUCCUGAUCCAAAAGCUGUGCCAGGCCCAGAAGAUGUCAGCUAGCGAAUCCUCAGUGUCCAAAUCCCAGCCCCGCAGCCCCAGCUAUCACACCAGCUUCUCCAACAACUUUGAUGAGAGUGUAUUCCUGGCACACUCACCUCCUGACUCCUCCACGCAUCAGCUCAGCUGGUACGGAACCGGAGGCAGCGUGCUGUUGCUCGGUUCAUCGAGAGAUCAGUUAUCCAAAAUGUUGAGAAUUACGAUCCGGGCAGACGUGGGAGCCAUUUGGGUGUUAUUUUGUAUCACCUAUUCCCAGUUUUUGACAGUUUCUUCUGAUGACAUAGUGGUGGCAUGCGGGGGAUUUGUGAAAUCUGACGUGGAGAUCAAUUACUCCCUGAUCGAGAUUAAAUUGUACACCAAACAAGGAUCCCUGAAAUAUCAAACGGACUGUGCUCCAAUCAAUGGCUACUUUAUGAUCCCUCUCUAUGACAAGGGGGACUUUGUUUUAAAGAUCGAGCCUCCUCUUGGAUGGAGCUUCGAGCCUACCAGUGUUGACCUCCAUGUGGAUGGAGUGAGUGACAUCUGUACGAAAGAAGAAGACAUCAACUUUGUUUUCACUGGCUUCUCAGUCUCAGGAACGGUUCUCAGUAAAGGCCAUCCCCUGGGUCCUGCUGGAGUAGAAGUGAAACUCACCCGAGUGGGAACAGAGGAGAAACUCCAGAGCGUCAUCACACAGCCCGGAGGAAAGUACACCUUCUUAAAAGUACUCCCUGGAAAUUAUGACAUUACUGCUUCCCAUCCCUCUUGGACUCUGGAGCAGAGCUCUACCUCAGUGGUGGUCUCCAAUGCCAACGCCCCCGCCACCGAGCACCUGGUGGUUGGAGGCUACGACGUCUCGGGGGAGGUCCGCAGUGAUGGAGAGCCCAUGAAAGAGGUCACCUUCCUCCUGUACUCGGCCACAGUCAACAAAGAGGACGUCGGCGGCUGUAACACAUCCCCAGUGGAGGGGGCAGAUCCCGGGGACAGCUCGCUGCUCUACCUGUGCAGCGCUCUCUCCAGGGAAGACGGCACCUUCCUCUUCCAGUCUUUGGCCAGCGGCGAGUACACCGUGGUGCCCUUCUACCGAGGGGAAAGGAUCACGUUCGAUGUCGCUCCUUCCAGGAUGAAUUUCAAAGUGGAACACAACAGUUUGAAACUGGAGCCAAUCUUCCGCGUCAUGGGCUUCUCUGUGAUGGGCCGAGUCCUCAACAGUGACGGCGGGGAGGGCGUCCCCGAUGCCACAGUGUCCCUCAACAACCAGAUCAAAGUCGUCAGCAAGGAGGAAGGUUCUUACCGCCUGGAGAACAUGACGGCUGGUACCUACACCAUCCGUGUCACCAAGGAGCUCAUGUUCUUCGAGCCAGUCACAGUGAAGAUCGCCCCGAACACACCCCAACUUCCUGACAUCAUCACAGCAGGGUUCAGUGUGUGUGGCCAGAUCUCCGUCAGCCGCCUGCCUGAGGGCAUGAAGCAGCAGGGCCGCUACAAGGUCACCCUGACUCAGCAGGGCCAAGACAAGGCCUCCGGCAAGACCGUGGACUCUGACCCUCAGGGGGCCUUCUGCUUUCAGGCCAAGCCCGGAGAUUACAGUGUCCACGUGUCUCUCCCCGAGGUGGAGGUGAAGGCGGGGCUCGCUCUGCAGCCUCAGGCCCUCGAGGUCUCCCUUGUGGACCGGCCCCUCACAGACCUUCUCUUCACCCAGUUCAUGGCUUCUGUCUCUGGGAAAGUCUACUGUCUAGCAUCCUGUGAUGACCUCUCGGUGACUCUGCAGCCGGUGAGUCGGCAGGGAGAGAGGAGGACGGUGGCGCUGUCCGGCAGCAACGACAUCCUCAGCUUCUCCUUUGAGGACGUUUUACCGGGGAAAUACAAAGUGAGUAUUACUCAUGAGGAGUGGUGCUGGAAACACAAGUCCAUGGAGGUGGAGGUGCUGGACACGGACGUGGUGGGGGUGGAGUUCAGACAGAUUGGCUACAUCCUGCGCUGCUCCCUCUCCCAUGCUAUCACUCUGGAGUUCUUCCAAGAUGGCAGCAAACCCGAGAACGUCGGCGUGUACAACCUCUCUAAAGGAGUCAACCGCUUCUGCCUCUCCAAGCCUGGUGUUUACAAAGUCACCCCUCGCUCCUGCCACCAGUUUGAGCAGGACUUCUACACCUACGAUACCUCGGCCCCCAGCAUCCUGACCCUCACCGCGGUGCGCCAUCACAUGACCGGGCUCAUCACCACCGACAAGAUCCUGGACGUCACAGUGACCAUCAAAUCGUCUAUCGAGAGCGAGCCAGCGCUGGUGCUGGGGCCCUUGCGCAGCCUGGAGGAGCAGCGGCUGGAGCAGCAGCUGCAGGAAAUCCAGCUGCGGCGUCAGGAACGAGAGCGCCGCGCUGCCGAGGAGGACGGAGGAGCCAGGGACGACAGCCCGCCUAUCCAAGAGAAGGCCGAUGACCUCACAGGCCCCUUCCACUACGAGUUCUCAUACUGGGCCAGGGCCGGAGAAAAGAUCACAGUCACACCCUCAUCCAAGGAACUGCUCUUCUAUCCUCCUGAGGUAGAGGCCACCAUUACUGGAGAGUCGUGUCCGGGUCGCCUGGUGGACAUCGCAGGGCGCGCUGGUCUCUUCCUGGAGGGCAAGGUGUCUCCAGAGCUGCAGGGUGUGGAGAUCUCCAUCACUGAGAGAGGAGCUGCUGCCCCGCUCAUCACUGUGGGCACCAACGAGAUGGGAGCUUACAGUGUGGGUCCACUCCACAGCGACCGGCAGUAUGACAUCAGCGCCAGCAAAGAAGGCUUCGUCCUGAGUCCUGUGGAGGGAACCCAGGGAGACUUCAAGGCGUUCGCUCUGGCUGGAGUCACUUUCAAGAUCAAAUCAGAGGACGGUGUUCCCCUAUCAGGUGUCCUCUUGUCUCUUAGUGGGGGACAGUUUCGCUCCAACCUGUUGACUCAGGAUACCGGCCUGCUCACCUUCAAUAACCUGAGUCCCGGUCAGUACUACUUCAAGCCCAUGAUGAAGGAGUUCCGCUUUGAGCCGGCAUCUCAGAUGAUCGCAGUGGAGGAGGGUCAGAACCUCAGCAUCGAUAUAACGGGCAUCAAGACCGCUUACAGCUGCUAUGGAGCCGUACAGUCUCUGAGCGGGGAUGCAGAGAGGGACGUUGCCGUGGAGGCAGUGGGACAGGGAGACUGUAGCAUCUACAGCGAGGACACCAUCACUGAUGAGGAGGGUCGCUUCAGACUCAGGGGUCUACUGCCGGGUUGCAAAUAUCUGAUUCAGCUGCGAGCUGAAGGCAAUGACCACAUAGAGAGGGCCUUACCUCAACACAGAGCAGUAGAGGUCGGCAGCAGCGACAUUGAAGGGGUCAACAUCAUCGCCUUCAGACAAAUCAAUCAGUUUGACCUCAGUGGAAACGUCCACACGUCCCCUGAACAUCUCGCAACGCUAUCGGUGAAGCUUUACAAGAGUGACAACAUGGACAACCCCAUCAACAGCAUCUCUCUGGGACAGUCCCUCUUCUUCAACUUCCCUCCUCUGGACAGGGAUGGAGAGAGCUAUGUGCUGAUACUGCACUCCACGCUGUCCCGCUUCCAGUUUGACUUCACUCUGCCUCAGGUCACCUUCACCUCCAACGGCUACCACAAGCACAUCACGCUCACCUUCAACCCCACUCGUAAAGUGCCUGACCAGGAUGUAGCCCAGGGCUCCUACAUCGCUCUGCCCCUCACCCUGCUGCUACUGUUGGCAGCUUACAACCACGAGAAGGUGAUCCCCCUCCUGUUGCAGCUGGUGAACCGUAUCCAGGGAGUGAGGAGCAUGUCGCAGGUCAGCGCGGACAACGCUGCUCUGGACGAGGCCAAGCGUCAGGCCAAGAGACAAAAGGCCAGGCGCACAUGAGGACUCAACAACGGCUCUCCUCAGACCACAUCUCCGCUCACUCAAUAUUCCACUUGCAGCCAUGGUUACUGACUUUACGGAGGGUUAGCUCACAGUAGAUCCAAGAUAAAAAACUCAGGAUGCAAGAGGAAUAUUCUGUGCGCUAAAGAUGUGAUUUGACCCCGUGUGACGACCGACUCUAACCACUCGAUGCGCAUUAUCACCAUCAGGUUCACUGGACUGAAGUUUUACAGGUUGUUUUCCUCUUGUUUCUUUUUUUUUAACUCCAUUGUUUCCACGACACUCAUUGUCUAAAGAAAAAUUGUUAAUAUUUGUGAUAGAAUAUGAGCCAUUUUUAUACCUUUGUAAUUUAUCUAGGUCAACGGAAAUCCUUUGCUUAUGUUUUGAAGGCACUUGAAAGCUUUUGAUAUCAGUCUUAACAGAGUUUAGGACACCCGGGAUGGUCACGUGUCUCACCUAUCAGCAUUUGGGUCAAUUCAGACGAUACACGGGGGUAUUUACACACUGCGGUGACAAAAAAAAAUGUAUUAAGAGGAUAUUUAAACUGUCUACUUUAAGGACAAAAGAGGUCCAUAUGAUUAAGACCUUGUGAAAUGAUGAUGAAAAUGAAAUCAAUAUCUAGAAUUUAGAUCAUAAAUCUAAAGCUUUGUAUUUCUUUUCACAUUUAAUUUGCUCAAAUUGUGCUUAUUGACCCUUUUUUGACCCCGUAGAUUUGCCAAUGAACUCGAUCGAGCUGAAUUGACUUUUAAUAAUGCCAUCACAAACGUGGGAUUGUGUAACUGCUAACUAUCAUCAAAAGAAAGCCCAAAGACGUGGACGAACCUUACACCGUUGUCCGUCAUGUUAUGUAUAUUUAAAAAAGAAGUUACUGUGAUGCACUCCACCUCUUAUAUGCUGUUCAGUGUGACGCAGGAUUGACUUUUUGUCCAUUUCAGCUCAGGAAAGCAAUGGUUGAUAGUUGCUGGAAAUUUGGGUUUGAAUAGAGAUUUUUUUUUGCUGUGGUGGGUUGGUUGGUAGGGAGCUUUAGCGGAUAACAGAUAGUUGAUUAAUUUAUUAACAUAUGUCUAAUCAGAUGUGAAUGAUUACUUAGUUUGUGUGCUGGGGAAUCCCUCUCAGAAGUUUGUUUUUUUCAGAUAGUGUACACGUUUUUUUUUAAGAGCUUCCUUAAAUUUAAGAAGACUGACAUCCACAUACCUUAGAGAGCUACGACACACUCUCUUAAGCUCCUUGUUUUAUCGCUGAGCUUUGCAAUGCACUGUGAAAAUGAUGGUCCCCAAUAAUUCUCCUGUAUUUAAUUCUUCAGCUCUCAGUUGUGUCCUUGGAAGAUGAAAAGACCACUGACUAUUAACUAAAAUAAAAGAUAUUCCAAUUCGUCUUCAUCUAGGGGGGGUUGAUUAGUUGGGGUGGGAAAGGGAGUCGGGGUGUAUUUGUCAUAUUUGGUCUGUUUAAAAAAUGUUGAGAUUAUGAAUAAAGUUAUGGACGGAUGUGAAAUGGACUGUUUUAUUGGUGUACCUGUAGGGGGCAGGGUACCUAAGGCAUGAGGAAAAGAAACGUUUUUAGGAAUUGUAGAUCCUUUCAGUAUUAAAGGGCCCUAUUGUGCUCCUUGGGGCUUUCCCUUCCCUGUAGAUCCCAAAGUUCCCUCCAGAGGGAGCUUUUAAGAUGAGAUAAGAUGGUUUAUUAAUCGCCGUGGGGAGCAACAGAAUAAGAGUGAGAAACAGGACAGUGUGGUUCACACAGGAUAAUAAAACAAAAGAAAUUAAGGAUUUCAGUGAACAUGUAUACAUUUUGUGUCCGGAUUGUUAAAUAUAUUUACAUUGAUUGAUACGGGUAAACGUUAUUGUGCAGAAGUGCAGGUUUUAUGUGCAGUCCGGGUUAUUGUCAGUGAGUCACAUGGCUACCCUCUUGUGGUGCAGCCUGAUGACUACAGGCACAAAGGAGUUUCCCAGGCGCUUAGUGCUGUGCCGAGGUGGGAUGAGUCUGUGGCUGAACGUACUCCUCAUCUUCACUACCUCUGCAUGGAGGGGUUAUCCAGGAUAUUGUCCAGUUUCCCCCUCGUCCUCCCCUCAGCCACCCUCUCCAGAUUGUCAAAUUUAACUCCAACUACAGAGCUAGCCUUCCUCACGAGCUUUUCUCCUCCCCCCUUGCCCGAAACGCCUCAAUUGGACUCCUUUGUUUUGUUUCCAUAACAUAGUGCCACCACUAUUCAACACUUGCACUUCUUUAGGCUAGCUGUAGGCCACAUUCCAAUCCACACCCUACCCACUCCCACUCUGUGAUGGAGUGAGCUCUGUCUGUAGUCACACUCGCAACUGAAUAAGGCUCCCUUAUUUCCGGUGGAGGGUGCGAAUACAGCCAAGCUUAAGGACGAACUCCCCUCUCUCUCUCCGGCCGAAACACGAAAUAUCGUAACUUUUCGUAACACUGGUUUCAAAUCAGCAUCUCUUGGUCGAAACAUAAAAUUACUCAAAUAAAACUACAAAAUUCAUUAAUGGCGUUUUUUUUAUUUGCAAACCUCUUUUAUUUUAAAUAUAUAAUGUGUGCUGCUUGGUUUUCGCACAAGUCUGUAAAUAUGCACAACUUUAUAAUUAAAUUCACACCGUUUUCGCGACACGAGGUAACAUGUAUGACGAUAUUUAUCUUUUUUUACGCAGUUUACCAGUCUAAAUGUUUGCAGGAACUUUGUACACAGCAUGUUUCCGGACGGACACACAAAGCUUUGAGUCCGGUCAGGUAGAGCAGGAGGUGCGACGCAGACUCGCUGUUGGAGGGCUGGAUAACCCACUCCCCCUCCACCCUCCUUGGUUUGGAACAGCACUUAAUAGAGGGUUGGGGUUAGCCUGGCUAUACUAGCCUACGUACUUCCGCCCUCAUUUUGCUCCUGUAAAAGGGGAUUAUCACACUUCCGGGUUUCAUGGGCGGGAUUUGUCAACUUUGUGCAUGUCCACUUCCGGCGCACUUCCGCAACAAUGGCUGAAACGAAGGCUAUAGAUGUCGCUGCUCUGUUCCACUUUGUAAAUCGAACAAACAACGCCAACCCUACUUAAGUUUUCAUGGAUUCCCGACUGAAUUGAGUCUAAGGAAGAAGUGGAUUAAAGCGGUUCGCCGGGAUGAAGGGCCAAACUUUAAAAUAAAACAAGGUAGCACGUUUGUUUGUAGCCGGUACUUUAGUGAAUCAGACUACACUAACGUUACAGGUAGUGCUAGCAGGCUAGCGUUAGCGGACGUGGCUAAGUUAACCAACCGGGGUCGCAUCAAGCCUCUGCAAAUCGGGUGUGUGCCCUCCCAUUUCCAGUGGAACAACUGGGGACUGCCGAGAACGGAGUCCGCUUAUAAAAGUGCAUCAACUUGCUUUAGGCCACGACGUUUGCCCAGCCCUUCCUCUAGGGUGACCAUUUCCAUAACACCGAAAAGGAGGACAUUAUGCGGCAUAUCAAUAAAUUACUAUGAUGUACAUAGGACUCUGGUAUACUCUCAUUUACAAUACAAUUUUAUGUGGUUUAAAGAUGAUGUUUGUGUAGCUGAAUAGGAAAAAAUAUGAAUGAAAAGUCAAAAAGGGUUUGUUCACAGUAUUUGUAUUUAUUCAAUACAUUGUGGUGUUCAAAAACUGACCACUGAGAUGAAUCUUUUAAAGUGCAGAGUGCCACAAAGCAUAACAUGUGUGGACUUAAAUGGAAAAAACAAGUAACAGGUAACAUACAUAAUAAUACAAAAAUGCUUUUUUGAAAAGCAUAAAUAACCUUUUAUGUAAACAACAAAGGAGAUUGUAAAAAAAACAAAAACAUUAACAUUCAACAGCUCAAAAAGUAUAGCAUUUCUAAAGUGCUUCAGUCUUUUGGGGACUUGUCUUCAGUGUCUUCAUCUGUAUAUGUGUGUGUGUGUACAGCAGUCCACCUGUAUUUAGGCAAACUCCACAUUCACCCUCUGUAGCAGCUCAGGAGACAACAGCACCUCUGACAUCAUGGCUUCCAAGCCCCCACUGCCCCUGGGCCUGUUUAUAUCCUGCAGGGACUGGUACAAAUAACAACAUAGCAAGAAUACUGUUAUCAACCUUCAAAAAUCUGUAUUGUUUUCAACCCAAUAAAUAUAAAUAUUUCA